AUGACCGCCGCCUCCCCGCCCGCCCUCGGGCAGUUCCGCCCGCCCCCGCUGCCCAGUACGCUCGCCCACCGCCCUCCCCUUCCGCCCUCCUCCCCUUCAAGCCCUCCUCCCCUUCCGCCCUCCUCCCCUUCAAGCCCUCCUCCCCUUCCGCCCUCCUCCCCUUCAAGCCCUCCUCCCCUUCUGCCCUCCUCCCCUUCAAGCCCUCCUCCCCUUCCGCCCUCCUCCCCUUCAAGCCCUCCUCCCCUUCCGCCCUCCUCCCCUUCAAGCCCUCCUCCCCUUCCGCCCUCCUCCCCUUCAAGCCCUCCUCCCCUCCCGCCCUCCUCCCCUUCAACCCCUCCUCCCCUUCCGCCCUCCUCCCCUUCAAGCCCUCCUCCCCUUCCGCCCUCCUCCCCUUCAACCCCUCCCUUCAACCCAUCCUCCUUACCUCUCCUCCCCCGUUGCCCCCAUCUCCGCCCCCUCACCCCAAACUUCCCCCAUCUGAUCCAAUCCCUGUCCGCCAUUUUACCCUCCUCCGCAUAUUCCCAUUCUCCGCCCACUCCUGAGAAUCAUGCGCGCCAAAAUCCUCUGUUGCGCCUCACCCUUCCCCCAACCCGCGGUCGCUCCGCUCCAAUCUUUCCCCCUCCCGCAGUCCCAGGCGCGCCAAUGUUCCCCAUGGGGGGCGCGGGGGGAGGGGAUUCGGGGGAAGCGGAGGAGGGGAGGCGGAAGGAGAGGGAGCGGAGAGAGGAGCUGAUCGCGGCGGUGAGGGAGGGGCGAGGCUCCUGGCAGGAGGUCGCUGCUGCUGUCAGGCAGCUACAGCAGGCGGGCAUGACAGCAGAGGAGGUGGCGGACGUGGCGAUGCUGGCACAUGGCCGACUAACCGAGCUUGUGGUUGCUGCUCAGGUGUACGAGUCGCUGCUGCCAGGCCCACUAGACCCGGAGGGAGACGGAGCCGACAGCGGCUUUGAUGUGGUGGCAGCGUUUCAGUCAGAGCAGACUGCGGAGCUGCUGUAUGAGCUGCGCACCCUCCCCACAGCCGGCCGACGGCAAGCAGCGGCAUAUGUGGUGCAGCAAGGGCUGGAUGCAAGCAGGGUGAGGGAGCUAGUGCGCGCCAUGAGGGACCAUGCCAGGCGACCCAACUCCAGAGAGGGCUUCUCAUCCGCGCCUGGAGACUGCCUGGCCUUCAUGUGCUUCCGAGCAGCAGGGGAGAGCAGUGGGGAGGAGCGGCGGGCGUGGGUGGAGAGGGGCAUGGCUGCUGCUGUGACUGAGAGCGCACGGGCAAGGUUGCAAGAGCUGCAGUAG